UGUAUGUCAGCGAGUCAACAGCACUUUGUCAUAGUUUCUAUGUCUCUCAUGGUGAAGAUUAUUGCCUGAGUUCAACCUGUGAAAAGAGAAGGAAGAAUGGAGCACGACGAUGACCGGGAGAGAGCGAGCACUGCCCAACCCGAGGUCAGACUGGUCCUCAUCGGUAGACGAUGGGCCGGCAAGAGCGCGUCCGGCAACACUAUACUGAGAAAGCGAAGGUUGGAGUGUGGCCGGAGCCGAACAGCUCAGUGUGAAGUGAGGCACGAGGAGGUGGACGGAAGGAAGCUCGUGGUGGUCGACGCGCCGGGAUGGAGCGACUCUCUCUCCCUGGCGGAGAUCCCAGAGGGGGACAAGCAGGAGCUGAAGGUCAUGGCGUCCAAGUGUCCGCCCGGGCCGCACGCGUUCCUCCUCGUGGUGCCCACGGACACGGCCUUCUCCGAGGAGCAGAGGAGGACGGUGGAGGUGCACAUGAAGCUGCUGGGGAGCCGGGCGUGGAGGCACACCGUGGUGCUGUUCACCUGCCAGGACUCGCUCGGGGAGAAAAGCAUAGAGCAGCACAUCGAGAGCGAGGGCGCGCCGCUCAGGUGGCUGAUAGAACGGUGCGGCAACAGGUACCACGCGUUCAACAACCAGGAGCAGAGCGACGCGGCCCAGGUCACAGAGCUGCUGCAGAAGGUCGACGGCGUGGUGCGCGGCAACGACGGCGGUUACUACGAGAUGGAUGCGAAGGUGGUGAGCAUCAUCAGCGAGAAGCAGCGAGCGGUCAGAGACAGGGCGGAGAUCAGGCGGAGGGCGGCUGAGGAGCAGGCGGAGCGAAUGAAGGGUCUCCUGACAGAGAUGAAACCCGCCCACACACUGCGCGUGGUCCUCCUGGGAAGCCGCGGCGUGGGGAAAAGCUCACUGGGGAACGUCAUUUUGGGAAUCAAAGCGGGAGACAAUGGGAAAAGAACAACGCGCGCGGUGGCGCAGCAGGGGCGCGUGGGCGACGCCGAAGUCACGGUUGUGGACACGCCGGGCUGGUGCAAAGGCUUCUCCGCCUCCGAGACCCCGGAGGCGAUCAAAGACGAGCUGAGGCGCAGCGUGUUCCUGUGCCCGCCCGGACCCCACGCCUUCCUGCUGGUGCUGGACGCGGACGCGUCCUUCAACGCCAAUCACAGGGAAGCGGUGGCGACGCACGUGGAGCUGCUCGGGGGAGACGCGUGGAGACGCGCGGUGGUCGUCUUCACCAGAGGAGACUGGCUGGGAGCACGGAGCGUGGAGCAGUUCAUCGAAGGGGAGGGAGAGGCCUUGAGGUCCCUCGUGGAUUUCUGUGGAAACAGAUAUCAUGUGAUGGAGAACAGGAACCGGGACGAGGGGACUCAAGUCACAGAGCUGCUGGAGAAGGUCAGGGCUGUAGCUGGAGACGGUUCAGACUGUUUCACUCCAGAUGAGCAGAUACUCAUAGACAUUGAAGAUAGAAGAAGAAAAGUGGAAGAAAGAGCAAGAAGGAGGGAAAAUGAAGUGAAGGCUAAAAGACAAUCCCUCAGAGGUUCCAGAAAUAGGCUGGAGGAGCUGAGGAUCAUGAUGCUCGGCCAGAAGACCGACGGGAAGAGUGCAACAGGAAACAACCUCCUGCGUCAGGACGCGUUUGCCACAUGUGAGAAUGAGCGCUGCCAAGUGCACGAGGCCUCGGUCGCCGGGAGGCGGAUCCGAGUGGUCGACACGCCUGGCUGGCGUAAGGAGGACUCCAUAGACUUAGACAAUGAAAUUGUCCACGGGCUGUCGCUGAGCCCAUCGGGGCUUCACGUGGUUCUGCUGGUCGUUCCUUUGGACCUGACCUUCAGCGCCGCUCGAAAGGCCGCACUUGAAAACCAGAUGAGCCUCUUUGGUCCCAGCGUCUGGAAACACACUAUGGUUCUGUUCACGUAUGGAGACAAACUGCUGGACAGAACCGUGGAGGAGCACAUCGAGAGGGAGCGGGGUGCUCUGCGCUGGCUGGUGGACAAGUGUGACAACAGAUACCACGUGAUGGACAACACAAAGAGAAGCGACGUGAGCCAGGUCAGAGAGCUGUUUGAGAAGGUCGAGGAACUGGUGGCCGAGAACAAAGGUCAGGUCUUCAGCCCCGACGUGUCUGACAUUCAUCUGAGAAUUGAAGAGAAAUUUGAAAGGAGCCGGCUGAAACAUGUGCUAAAGCCCCGACUCCUAAAAGAGUGCAGAAGAAGAGAGCUGGAACUGAUGAGGGGUUUCAGGGAAACACUCCUCGAGCUGCAAGAUGGAAUCAGGGGAAGUGGGACAGGCAAUAAACCCAUGUCUUGCAUUGUUGACAUGGCCAAAGGGAGGAAGAAAGAUCCAAAGCUGAAGAAGGAAAACAUAGACGCAAAAAUCAGCCGGGAAAUUGAAAAGCUGGAAGCAAAGAUGAUGACAUCCGAAGAGUGUCUGGGACGCAGCAUGGAGUUCUUAAACCCUGAUUUCUCAGGGGGGAGCCACUCCUCAGUCAGUGACUAUGAUAAAGUUCUGGGUUGGCUGUCCAAACUUCACAUCGACACAAACCCGGAGAACCAGCUGACACUCAACUUCUCCCGGUCAUCAGGGUACGGGUCCGUGCUACCGAAAAAUACAGAACACGACCAAGAUUUUAGUGAUGAUGAUGAUAUAUGAUUAACAUGGAGAUGACUGUUGAGUCUGAAGGCUGACGUAGGGCAAAAUGUUUCAGACUGUGGUGCCUUCGUUGUUGCUGUUGCUAGAAAAAGUAUUUCAAGGACAAUCAAUAUAUUAUAUUUCCCAGAAGAGAUGAUAAAGAUUUAUCACAGUAAUGCAUUUUUUGUUCUCUUUCAAAAGGGAAAGAUUAAAUCUUUGCAAUUUACUGUCAGCGUGCAAAUGUUUUCCACAGUGGCAAGCAUCAAGUCCUCAGUAGCUUAAUAAAGUCAAGCUCAAUAAAACACAAAUAACCUCUACGUCUUUAUGGCGUGUCAUUAACAGCACAUCAGUUGUUACUUUGUUAGUUAGGUGCCGUUUUUCCCUCAUUUUUUUACUGGAUCUUACAAAUUCUUUAAAAGAUGUUUCAAUUGCUUCUCUGUGCUCUUGUAUUAUAGUGUAUGUAUUAUGUAUGUAUUAUAGUAAAACUAUUAAAGUAAUUAACUGAAAAA